AUGGUCUUUCUCUUCCGCUGCUUUCGGCUAGGUGCGGAGGUCUGCCGCACACGGCUCCGAAUCAAAUUUUGGCGUAAACAGUGGGACGUUAUCCGCUCGAUAUGGACCUUCACUAGUGAUUGCAGCGUCAGCUCCUCACUUGGACCCGAACCCUUACAUCCGAGGUCACGUCGAUCCCAACGGUGGGAUGACCAUGUCGACUUAAUGAGUGGUUCUGAUGCAGCCGGUGAAUCUAGUGAAGAUAAUCUUGACGAGGAAUGGGACCAGCCGGAUGACACGGAGAGCGAUAGUGAAGAUGUGACUACGGACGACCUCGACAACGAAGCUCGCGAAGGAGCCGGAGCAGCAGAGUCGACCAACCACUUAAGUACCGAUUUACUGCCUCCUCCCGGCUUAGAAAAGCUCUUCUAG